UAAAAAUUAAUUUAUUAGCCAUUUUUUUAUUUAGUUAAAAUAAUCUAAAUAUGAAGAAUAAACAAUUUUCAAUUGUAUUAUUGAGUUUGAUUGUAUUGAUUUUAAUAGAUCAAAGUCGAGUGAUUGAGUCUAAGCCAAAGCCAUUGAUUGAAAUAGCUGUAGUGGCCGGUGGUGUGGUUGCUUAUAAACAUUAUGAAAAUGUUAAAAAAUUUAAUAAAGAUUUGAAAAUAUUGAAACGUAUUUAUGGAGAUCACUUCAAUGGCACACAAGACACUGGCAAAGUCAUCAUAAAAGAUCCGACUUUCUUUAAAAAAACUAAUAAAAAAUCUAAAUCAUUGACCACUACUACUACUACUACUCCAACUACUACUACUACUAGCAAAUAAUUCAACUGACGAUUAAUUUACUAAUAUAUUUUUUUUUUUAAAUAUAAUUUCAUUAUUAUUUAUAGCAUUUAAUUGUAAUUUAUUGAAUAAAUAUAUGAAUAAAUAGAUUAGCCAGGAAACAUAGUGUU